UAAAACUUCAUCUAUAGCCAAGCCUCAUUUUUCAAUUUAAGCUACUUAGAUAUAAUUUUGCUUUCAACUUUGUUGACUAAAUCCUAAUCUUAACUCUGCACCAAAAACAUCUUUAUACCCUCAAUGUCUUCUUAAGUCUGAAUCGAGCCAGGUCUUAAAGAGGUUGGGAACAAUUGGUUCUCUAUAAAUGCUGCAGAACAUAUCCAUAAUGAAUCACCAAUUAUCCCAAAUACCUCGCCUCAAUUCCUGAUACAGGCAAAGCAGAAAUGAACCUAGCAGCUGGACUUCAUGGGAUGGUUUGACCCAAGAGUUGGAAGAACUCUGUUUAGAGCCAAAAAGUGUUCGGCUCCUGGCUACAGCCGUCAAAUAUGUUCCUGAUUUUAGAGUUCAGAAUCGUAAGGCCAGAUGUUUGGCCGAAUUAAUAAAUAACUCCUCAAAAGGUCAAAUAAUGGUGAGAGGAAUCAACUAUUGAAACCUCCAAAGAGCUAAAUUUUAG